AUGUCUACCGUGAGAUCGCUGGUUCACAGGGCGUCCCUGUCGCGAGGACUGCUCUCCUCCCCGCCUGUCUGUCUGCCCGCCACAUACACCUCCCGCUUCCGAAGACGGUUUCACAGCUCGCCCGUUCCCUGGGGCAUCAGAUCGCAGAUUCUCAAGGAUGUCGGCGAGGGAAUCACUGAGGUCCAGGUCAUACAGUGGUAUGUUGAGGAGGGAGCCCGGAUCGAGGAGUGGAAGCCUCUAUGCCAGUACCAGUCAGACAAGGCCAUUGAUGAUAUAACGUCGCGGUAUGAGGGUGUCAUCAAGAAGCUGCACUUCCAGCCGGACGAUACGGUUCCCACGGGCAUGGCGCUCUGUGAUAUCGAGGUUGACGACGCCAAGUAUCCUGACUCUGCGCCGGCUCCGACUCCGGCUCCAGAGGCAGCCGCACCGGCAGCAGAGACGACGUCCGCAGACGUGGCCGCGGAGACGUCAGCAGCACAGGUUUCGGAGACGGUGGAGGCUCCUCCAAAGGGCAAAUACGCUACGUUUGCGACCCCAGCCGUCCGAGGAAUGCUUAAGCAGCACAACAUCGACAUCUCGCUCAUCAAUGGGACCGGCGCUCAUGGCCGGGUGCUCAAGGAAGAUGUCCAGAGGUACCUUGAGGGAGGCCAGACCCAAACCCCUGUCGCCGGCACAUCUACAGCUCCCGCGUCAAUUCCUGGUCUCAACACACCACAGGUCGAGACCAACCAAUCCCUAACCCCCAUCCAAUCCCAGAUGUUCAAGACAAUGACCAAAUCCCUCACAAUCCCUCACUUCCUCUACUCGGACGAACUCAACAUUGCCGCCCUGUCUCGCAUGCGAUCCCAGCUCAACGCAACAGCUCCCAAGGACGGCUCCCAGCCUAAGCUGUCUUACCUUCCCUUCAUCAUCAAGGCAGUUUCCCUGGCCUUGAACCAGUUCCCCAUUCUCAACGCACGAGUCGACACCACUUCAAACCCUGCCAAGCCAUCCCUUGUCAUGCGCGCAAGCCACAAUAUUGGUGUUGCGAUGGACACCCCCACGGGGCUACUAGUCCCCAACAUCAAGAACGUCCAGGCUCGAUCCAUCCUCGAUAUCGCAAUGGAACUCGCCCGGCUCGGUGAGGUGGCCAGAGCAGGCAAGCUUACCCCUGCAGACCUCUCAGGCGGUACCAUCACAGUCUCCAACAUUGGUACCAUCGGCGGGACGGUCGUUGCUCCUGUUCUUGUGCCCACAGAAGUCGCCAUCCUGGGUAUCGGCAAGCUGAGAAAGGUUCCGGUCUUUGACGCCGAGGGUAAAGUUGCCGCAGGUGAGAUGAUGAACUUCAGCUGGAGUGCCGACCACAGAGUCAUCGACGGUGCCACCAUGGCUAGAAUGGCGGCGCUAGUCGGUCGUAUGGUCGAGAGCCCGGAUGCGAUGAUGCUUAAUAUGCGAUGA